AUGCGAUUAAAUUUAGGUUUACGCCGGGACUUUAUUUGGCAUUUUGUCAUUGCUGAUGUGAGCACGCCUAUUAUUAUUGAUUCCGAUUUUUUAGCGCACUACAACCUUAUGCCAGAUUGCCACAACCGCCGCAUUCUAGAUGGUAGUACUAAUCUAAAAGCACCUGCUACUAUCUCUCAGGUGGACCAGGCGAGUAUCAAGACAAUUGUCGCUAAAUCGCCAUUCACUACGAUCCUGCACGAGUUUCCGGAUAUUACUUGUGCUCCUGGACUUCCGAGACUGGUAAAACAUUCCACACAGCAUCACAUAGUUACCACCAAGGGCCCCCCAGUUUCAUGUCGACCACGGAGACUAGCACCGCAAAAACUCUUAGCGGCUAAGAAAGAGUUCGAGGAAAUGGUAUCCUGUGGUACAGCUCGACCUUCAAACAGCCCCUGGGCGUCACCACUUCACAUGGCGCGAAAAGGGCAGGACGGGUGGCGACCUUGA